AAUGAAGCUUCGCGACGCCGUCGUAGCUUUACGACCACAACAACUAUGGCGGCUGCCAGUGGUAGAUUUGAAAGUGCGAGGAGUAUCGAAGAACGUAAAGAACAGACUCGGAUUGCCAGGGCGGAGGUGCUAAGCCAGGCCAAAGCCAAAUUUGAAAAGGAAGAAAGGCGUAAAGAACUUAAACGACUUCGGGGUGAGGAUACAUGGAUGCUACCUGAUGUGAAUGAGCGUAUUGAACAGUUCUCACAGGAACAUUCUGUGAAGAAAAAGAAGAAAAAGGACAAGCAUUCAAAAAAGGCAAAGAAAGAGAAGAAAAAGAAGAGCAAAAAACAGAAGUAUGAAAAAAGCAAUGAGUCAAGUGAUAGUUCAUCAUCAAUGGAAAUAUUUCAGUCAAAAUUAGAAGAAGCUGAAAAAACUGCAUCUACAAAAGAAGAUAGCAGAAGAGAACGGUGGAGGAAACCUGCAUAUUCAGAUAAGGCACAAAGCAGUCAAGAAAGUAGAAAAUCUGACUUGGCAAAACAUAAUAAAAGCUUGAGGGAUAAAUACAGCACGAUAGACAUUGCCAACAACAUCAGUAAAGAUAAGUUUAGUGGUGAUGAAAAUGAUAAGAGAUCCGAGUCCUUUGAAACACGGAGAAGAGAAUCCAAUCCAAGGCAAAGUCAGUUUUCUUCUUUUGGAAAUUCAAGACCUAAAUUCUUAAGACCCUCUGAUAAUGACGAAGUGUCAUUUCAUAGCAAGGGCAGGCAUUUAGAACCAUCCAGUUCCUCCUCAGCACUGCUCACUCAGGAUUCUAUACAGUGUGGUUUUCGAAAGCCCACGGACAACUGUGAAGAGAGUUUAUCAUCAUGGAGUCGAUCUGCUGGAAGAGAAGGCGACAGGAAGCAUUCAAGUCGAAAGCCAUUAGAAACCAGGUGCAGUGUUGACUGUCCACACAUUUCAGAAGACGUGAGUGAAGAAUCUCAGUGUGAAAGCCUGAAAGACGACUCUCUGAAAAAAGAACAUCUGCUGGACACAGAGUCUCCAUUUGCUGGAAGUAGUCCAAAGGGAGAGUCCAUCCACAUCAUGAGUGUUGAUGAGAAGAACAAGUUGGGAGCCAAGAUUAUCAAGGCAGAAAUGAUGGGAAAUAUGGAACUAGCUGAAAAACUUAAAGCCCAACUUGAAAAGGCAAAUAAAUUCAAAGAAACUAUAACACAGAUGUCAUCAAAAAAAUCUGCUGUAGAGAAUGAAGACCAGCAUGAAGUGGUUCUUGUCAGAACAGAUCAGUCUGGAAGAGUGUGGCCUGUGGACACACCAGCAAGACCUCUGGAAUCUAAAGGAAAAAGAAUGAAGAGACAAAUGGCUUCAACCCAUGAGGAAAAAGAAAGGGUCAGAUACUUUCAUGAUGACGAUAAUCUAAGCCUAAGUGAUUUAGUCAAGAAUGAAAAGAUGGGAACAGCAGAAAAUCAAAAUAAACUUUUUAUAAGAAUGGCAUCAAAGUUUAUGGGAAAAACAGAUGGGGACUAUUAUACUCUGGAUGACAUGUUCAUCUCCAAAGCAGCUGAGAAAGGACAUUUUGGUGAAGAGGAAGCAAAUCAGAGGAAAAAAGCUAUUGCUGAACACCAGAGUCUCGCUGCACAAAUGGAAAAAUGUCUCUAUUGUUUUGACAGCUCUCAAUUUCCCAAGCACCUUAUUGUUGCAAUAGGUGUUAAGGUUUAUUUGUGUUUACCCAACUUCCGUUCUCUUACUGAAGGCCACUGCCUGAUAGUCCCUUUGCAGCACCAUCGAGCAGCUACCUUGUUGGAUGAAGAUAUCUGGGAGGAAAUUCAGAUGUUCAGAAGAUCUUUGGUAAAGAUGUUUGAAGAUAAAGAAUUGGACUGUGUUUUUUUAGAAACUAACCUGAGCAUGAAGAAACAGUAUCAUAUGGUCUAUGAAUGCAUUCCUCUCCCCAAGGAAGUGGGUGACAUGGCUCCCAUCUAUUUUAAGAAAGCCAUAAUGGAAUCUGAUGAAGAGUGGUCCAUGAACAAGAAAUUAAUUGAUCUCUCGUCAAAAGACAUCAGAAAGUCAGUACCCAGAGGCUUACCUUACUUCUCAGUGAAUUUUGGUCUCCAAGGAGGAUUCGCCCAUGUCAUUGAAGAUCAACAUAAAUUCCCUCAUUACUUUGGAAAGGAAAUCAUUGGUGGGAUGCUGGAUAUAGAGCCAAGACUUUGGAGGAAAGGGAUCCGAGAAAGCUUCGAGGAUCAGAGGAAGAAGGCACUGCAGUUUGCUCAGUGGUGGAAACCAUUUGACUUCACCAGAAGUAAAAACUGUUGAGUCAGACAAUUCAAUUUUUAUUUCCUUUCCAAAGUCCUGUCAAUUUUAUUUCCAUUGCACCAAAGUAGCCACUGCCCUAUGGCAGAGGGAGAGUGCUGGUCUCUGUCCAAGGCAGCUGUGCUUCAUUCCAGCUCCUGAGGAUGCCUUGCAAUAGCUGUGGGGUAAGGUGGGCUGCAGUGGGUACCUGCUCACGUUCCUGUUCUGUACCUUUAUCUUGGCAUGGUGAACUACUCCUCUGAUAUAUGGAAAGACUUUUCUGAAGGAACUAGAAAUAUAACAGAUCAUUUGUUCAGAGAGAAGUGGGUUCAAAGUUAAGUUGAUUGACUGGCUACUUGUAUGUUGUUUAAAUUAAGAUUAGGCCUAUUUGGUGAUAAUUAGUUUCUUUCCAUAACAUUUUUUAGAAGAACCCUUCACUUUUUACCAGUCAUCUUGUGUACCACUGAUCUUUUUAUUAAGGAAAAAAUUGUCCCAAAUGUAAUAAAGAAUUACAUGAAGUGUAACAUGUUCAUGAUUUGCAUUUAUUUCUGGAUUUUUAAAUAGUGUUUUUGAAUUUUGGUAAUUUAAAAAGUGCCUCAACUCAAGUUUUGUCAUUUGUGAUCUGUAUGAGAGUUAAUAGUUUUACACAAAUCAUUUCAAGGUUGUAUUGGUUAUUACAAAAUCUUUGGUAAUCAGAGCAUUCAGAAUGUCAGGAGUAUAUUUCUUGUCCUCCGAUUAAUCUAAGGUUCUUCAAUUUUCUUUGUUCUUACUUGGUGUCAAGAGAAAAACCACAUAUGUACUUACAUGAUAUGGCUGUGGUCUGAGAGAAAGGUAUUUUUGGUACCUCUUUUUCCAAAAAGGUGAUGGUUUUUUUGGGAGCUGAACCUUGACAUUUUGUGAUUAAAUGUUGAACACCUAGAAUCAUACUCUAGAGAACUCAUAAUGUUAUGUAGUUAUUUUUAUUUUUUUAAAGAUUUAUUUAUUUAUUUAUAUAAGCACUGGGUACAGUCAGAAGCGUGGGAAGGUGAGAGAAUUCACCUGAGCCAGAGCAGGGAACAGAACAGACAGACCAACAAAGUACACUGCUGAGAAGAGCAGCGGGCGUGGCAGGAGAGGUCUGCGCACCAUGUGUGACCCUCGCC